UUUACCAGUGUAUGUUAUGACAUAUGCCUCGUGGUUGUAAUCAUCCUUUUUCUGUUAUUGUUAUUUUAUGCACAUAUGCUUACUUGCCCAACCUCAGUAGCUUUUAGGUUGGGUUGUCGGUGCAAUGACUUUCAAGGCAUCAGCAUAUCUGGUAUAGAUGGCAUAUUUAUCACAGAUCACUUUCUGCUUACACUUCAGCUAGGCCUCUACCUAUUGCAGCUCAGAGGUAUAACAACCUUGCUUGCAACCCAAUGCUCUUAGCCGUGUGCUAGGCAGUUUGUUAGACCCCUUGGUGCUUCUCCUUUGGUUUCUGAUGAUCGUGAUGGUUACGCAAAUGAAGAAGAAUGCUGCGAUCUCCAAUAAUGACUCUUCAGCUUCAUGGUCUCUCAAACAGGUGGUUCAUUUAAUCUGAUAGUGAAAGCUCAUCCAAUUACACAUGCUCUUAUGAGGCACCAUUAAAAUGCAAGGAGGGCUUAUUUGAUGAUUCAUUUUCUUAGUUGUGUUCCCUUGCUUGCUGUCCCUGAUUUAAUGAGAAUGGCAUAUUAUUGAUUAACAAGAGAAAAUAUGUGCCAAUCGGAAUAGGGUGUAUUUGAUUUUCUGGAGGAAUUUAUCAUAAACUGGCGUCUUGCUUAAUACAGCUAAAGUUGACAGUCAAAUGAAUAGUGUUUGUCAGUCCAUCAUCGCACAAUUUCUCAAGGUUCUCAGUUUGGUGAUAGCCCACGUGUGAUUCAUUGGAUGUGUGAAUUCAGUCUUCAGAUGUAUUCCUUUUUCAUUCCUCAUGUCUUUACAUUGUCAUUCCAGGACCACUCUGCAACAUGGAACCUGUUGGAUCUAAGACAUGACGUUGGUUGGUGGCUAUCAUGAAGCAACCGGCUGGUUGCAUAAUCAAAGCCUCUUACUUUCUAGGUCUUCGGUGCAUUCAAUUAGCAAUAUGGAACAAGAAGGGUCUACAUAUGAAUUUCUUGCAGGGAUAACAUAUUGUGCUCCAUGUCAAUAAUUUCCACCUUUUUGUUUCAAAACAAAGAACAAAGAAUUACAUAUGGUGGACCUCAGGAACUUGUUGCCUAGACUUGGCCUGUGGGUUGUGUUCAAACGUGUACAGAAUGCUUUGAGUUCAAAAAAAAUGCUUCGAGUUAAAAGAAUAUGAAUGUUAAUAUCAUUCAUGCCUUUAAUUGUGGGCAGAUUUCCUGUGGGAUUUUUAUCUUUUUCCCCUCUAAUCCAAAUGUCCAACUUCCAGUUUUGGCUGAAGCUCUGUAGUGAUCAAUGUAGACGUCAGGUUUUUAAGCACUACAAGAAGGAAGUCAGCUCGUUCCACUCUCAGCUACUCAACAAAGGGGAUGAUCAAUAAUAAGGACCUUGCUUCUGAGCAGAUUAAAGCUGGAUUAGCUAGUACAGCAACUGCAGUCAUUCAAAUGGCCAUCCACACUUCAAUGGAAUUGAAGGAGACGGCAUACCACCUUGCUUCAACACCACUAUUCCACCGACAUUGGUUUACCUACCCAUCGUAGGUCAAAGGUGGCAGCUCUGUGUUCCCUAGUCCAGGCUCCAUCAAUGGCAGACGCCUUCAAAGGAAACUCGUUUGCCUUCACCAGCUAUACCACUCAGUUCCAAUCAUCACCACUCACUCCUCUCAGAGAAGCCCUUCCUCUUCUCAGCCUCAGUCCUAAGAAGCACCACCACCACAACCAUCUGCAGCAGCAGCAGCAGCAGCAGCAGACUUCCUGCAGUGCCUUUGAGGAAGGCGAUUACAAGAGCAAGCGGUCAAAUGGCGGAGAGAAUGUGGAGGAAGCUGUGAGUGUGGCACUCCGCAUAGGUCUCCCGAGCCCCAGCGAAGCCGAUCUCAUCUCCAGGGUCUCUUCUACUUCAGUGAGUGAAGACAAGGAGUGCCAAAAAGGAGGAGGUGGUGGUGAUGGUAAUCCUUUUGCUCUCUCUAGCGUAGGCAAGCUCACCAGAGGCCAAUAUUGGAUUCCCACCCCCUCUCAGAUCCUCAUUGGCCCUACCCACUUCUCUUGUCCUGUUUGCUGCAAGACCUUCAACAGAUACAACAACAUGCAGAUGCAUAUGUGGGGGCACGGGUCGCAGUACCGGAAGGGACCGGAGUCGCUGAGGGGGGCGCAGCCCACGGCGAUGCUGCGGCUGCCGUGCUACUGCUGCGCGCCGGGGUGCAGGAACAACGUCGACCACCCGCGAGCCAAGCCGCUCAAGGACUUCCGGACUCUACAGACUCACUACAAGCGGAAGCACGGGAUCAAGCCAUUCGUGUGCCGCAAGUGCGGCAAGGCCUUGGCGGUCCGCGGCGACUGGCGCACCCACGAGAAGAACUGUGGCAAGCUGUGGCGCUGCACCUGCGGCUCCGACUUCAAGCACAAGCGAUCUCUCAAGGACCAUGUCAAGGCGUUCGGGCGCGGGCACGCGGCCCACGGUCUCCACCGCUUAGACGAGGAGGAGGACGAGCCGUCAUCUGAGAUCGAGCAACAUAGUCAUCAGGUUCAGCAGCAGCAGCAGCAGCAGUAGGGAAGGAGAUGAUAAGAGUCCCAAAUCCAUCCCUUCUUAUGUUCUUGUUCGUCUGCAGAGCUGAGAUCAUAGUCUGAUAGUAUUAAUCCUCAGCUAACUGCAUCACGUUCCCAUCCUCUGCACUCACUCAGCUUUUUGUUCGGUGGAUGUGAUGCUUUCGUGCUUUUGCAUGGUGGAUAUGUACGUCGGUUCAUGGAUGGAACAUAAACCAUGAAUUAUUCAGAUCGAAUGAUUAGUUUGCUAUUA